AGUACCAAUCGUCCUCCGCCAGCACAGGCACGGAGCACCGGAGCAAGCUGCGUCUUCGCCGCGAUUGGGGGGAGGGCGGUGAUUCCUUCUGGCACGAUUAGGGUAGAUCCCACCGGAGGAACCCGGGUCCAGCUUUGACCGUCACAGCGGACGUGGGUUGUUGCUCCUCCCGCUAGUUAGGAGUGAAUAAAAAGCAAGAAAGCGAGGCUUCGGUGCAAGGAAGCCACCGACCACCUUUUUUUGUGUGUGUGUUGGGGGGCUGCGGUAAAAGUCGGUGACCAUGCCGGUUUUUCACACCAAGACCAUCGAGAGUAUCCUGGAGCCGGUGGCCCAGCAGAUCUCUCACCUGGUCAUCAUGCACGAAGAGGGUGAGGUGGACGGGAAAGCCAUCCCGGACCUGUCCGUACCGGUGCAGGCGGUGCAGGCUGCAGUCAGCAACCUUGUGCGGGUUGGGAAGGAAACGGUUCUAACUACAGAGGACCAGGUGCUAAAGAGAGACAUGCCGCCUGCAUUCAUCAAGGUGGAGAACUCGUCUUCUAAACUGGUCCAAGCGGCUCAGAUGCUGAAGACUGACCCCUACUCAGUUCCUGCUCGGGAUUACCUCAUCGACGGCUCGAGAGGGAUUUUGUCGGGCACGUCUGACCUGCUGCUUACGUUCGAUGAGGCCGAGGUGCGUAAGAUAAUCCGCGUGUGCAAAGGAAUCAUGGAGUAUUUGACAGUAUCUGAAGUGGUGGAAACCAUGGAGGACCUCGUCACGUACACUAAAAACCUGGGCCCAGGGAUGACCAAGAUGUCAAAGAUGAUAGAGGAGCGACAACAGGAGCUGACACACCAGGAGCAUAGACAGAUGCUCAUCAACUCCAUGAGCACGGUCAAAGAGCUGCUGCCUGUCCUGAUAUCAGCGAUAAAGAUUUUCGUGGCAACCAAGAGCGGGCGUGGCGCCGGCAUUGAGGAGGCCGAGAGGAACCGCCGCUUUACCUUCGAGAAGAUGAGCGGCGAGAUCACUGAGAUCAUCAGAGUCUUACAGCUCACCACGUGGGACGAAGACGCCUGGGCGAACAAGGAUAUGGAAGCACUGAAGAGAUCUUUGGCUUUGAUUGAAUCGAAGAUGAUCCAAAUGAAAAGUUGGCUGAAAGACCCCUAUGGACAACCAGGAGAACCCGGCGAGGUCGCAUUGCGUGUGAUUCUGGAUGAGGCGGGAAAGGUGGGAGAGCUUAGUGCUGGGAAGGAGAGGAAGGAUAUCCUGGCGACACAUAAAGCUCUGGGACAAAUGACAGACCAGAUUGCAGAUCUUCGAGUCAGAGGCCAGGGUCCGAGCCAGGGGUGCGUGCAGCGUGCAGGCCAGUGCUCUCAGGGCUUAGACUUGUUAUUUGCAAAAGUGGAUAGUGCUGCUCGCAGACUGGAGGCUCUUAUCAAUGCCAAGCAAGCAAUCGCCAGGAGGCUGGAUGCGGCACAGGCCUGGUUGGCCGACGCUAACGGUGGUCCGGAGGGCGAGGAGAACAUCAGGGCGUUACUGGCAGAGGCCAAACGCAUUGCCGACCUGUGCGAGGACCCCAAAGACAGGGACGACAUCCUGCGCUCCAUCAGUGAGAUCGCAGGCCUCACCUCCAGACUUGUGGAGCUUCGCAAACAAGGUAAAGGUGACAGUCCAGAGGCGCGUGCUUUGGCAAAACAAAUCGGGGCGGCCCUGCUGACCCUGCAGGCCAAAACCAACCGAGCUGUGGCCAACAUGAGGCCCGCCAAGCCUGCAGUCACCUUAGAGGGCAAAAUGGAACAAGCUCUGCGCUGGGUCGCCAACCCCGGAGUGGAUGACAGAGGUGUAGGUCAGGCGGCUAUCAGAGGGAUGGUUGGAGAAGGCAGGAGGCUGGCAGGAGGCCUCUUGGGGCCAUACCGCCAGGGCAUGAUGGGACGCUGCGACCGGGCAGAGGCUCUCAUGACAUCUUUGGCAGACAUGGCUGGCAGGGGGGAAGCAGAGGCCCCCCACGCUCGAGCAACUGCCGUGCAGCUACAUGACAGCCUCAAGGACCUGAGGCAGAAAAUGCAGGAGGUGAUGACCCAGGAAGUAUCUGAUGUCUUCAGUGACACCACAACCCCUAUCAAAUUGCUGGCUGUAGCUGCGACCUCUCCCCCAGAUGCCCCCAACAGAGAGGAGGUUUUUGAGGAGCGCGCUGGGAACUUUGAGGCCCACGCGGGUCGUCUCGGGGCAACAGCUGAGAAGGCGGCUGCUGUGGGAACAGCCAAUAAGAGCACGGUGGAGGGGAUUCACGCUGCAGUCAAACAUGCUCGCGAACUCACGCCACAGGUAACUUCUGCUGCUCGGAUCUUGUUGAAGAAUCCUGGGAACAAAGCAGCGUACGAGCAUUUUGACACCAUGAAGAACCAGUGGAUCGACAAUGUAGAGAAACUCACAGGUUUGGUGGAUGAGGCCAUAGACACGAAGUCGCUGCUCGACGCCUCCGAGGAAGCCAUCAAGAAAGACAUCGACAAGUGCCGAGUUGCCAUGGCGAAUGUUCAGCCCCAAAUGCUUGUUGCCGGGGCGACGAGCAUCGCACGGCGAGCCAAUCGGGUUCUGCUGGUGGCCAAGAGGGAAGUGGAGAACUCGGAAGAUCCGCGCUUCAGGGACUCUGUGAAACACGCGUCAGACGUCCUGUCGCACACCAUCUCCCCCAUGGUCAUGGAAGCCAAAGCGGUGGCUGGCAACAUACAAGAUAAAGGGCUGCAGAAGGCCUACUUGGACUCUUGUCUGAGGAUCCUGGCCGCUGUGGGAAAAGUCAGAGAGGCCUUCCAGCCUCAGGACAUGGACUUCCCCCCUCCACCACCUGACCUAGAUCAGCUCCAACUGAGCGAUGAGCAGGCACCACCCAAGCCGCCCCUGCCAGAAGGCGAGGUGCCGCCCCCGCGCCCUCCUCCUCCCGAGGAAAAGGAUGAAGAGUUCCCGGAGCAGAAGGUUGGAGAGGUCGUCAGUGAGCCAAUGAUGGUCGCCGCCAAACAGCUGCACGACGAGGCCCGCAAGUGGUCCAGCAAGGAGGCAGUAGAGGUAGACGAUGAAGAUGAGUUUACUGAUGGUGAGGAUGACUAUGAGCCAGAGCUGCUGCUGAUGCCCUCCAACCAGCCUGUCAAUCAACCCAUGCUGGCGGCUGCCCAGGCUCUGCACCAGGAGGCGCGCAAGUGGUCCAGCAAGGGUAACGACAUCAUCGCAGCUGCCAAGCGAAUGGCUCUUCUGAUGGCCGAGAUGUCCCGGCUGGUGCGUGGCGGCAGUGGCAACAAGCGAGCGCUGAUCCAGUGCGCCAAGGACAUUGCCAAAGCAUCGGAUGAGGUGACGAGACUCGCCAAGGAAGUGGCCAAGCAGUGCACGGACAGACGCAUCAGGACGAACCUGCUGCAGGUGUGUGAGCGGAUCCCCACCAUCAGCACUCAGUUGAAGAUCCUAUCCACGGUGAAAGCAACCAUGCUGGGUAGAACAAACAUUAGUGAGGAGGAGUCCGAGCAGGCCACAGAGAUGCUGGUCCACAACGCCCAGAACCUGAUGCAAUCCGUGAAGGAGACGGUCAGGGAAGCUGAGGCGGCCUCCAUCAAGAUCCGCACGGACGCAGGAUUCACCCUCCGCUGGGUGCGCAAGACUCCCUGGUACCAGUGAACGCAGCAGUGACUUUGUAAACAGCAGCACACACUACGUAUAAAGAGUGAAAAAAAAGAAGUAGCAACAUAGACAUACUGUAGAUGAUUCUCCAUCAUCCACUGUAGAUGUGCUUCAUUUAAAGCUUCUUUUGUCCCUUUUUAAAGUGGACACAAAAGAAGCAUCUUUAUUAAUAUAUAUUUUUGGUAUGUUGAUUGCAAGUAGCUAUAUAUUUUUUGCAUGAAGAUGUUUUCUAUUUUCUAAAAGGCAACUUGAAACAUUGUGAUAGGACUUUUGUGUUUCACAGAGCUUUGUUUCUUAACAAUGAAGUGUUUCGUGUGUGUGUGUGUGUGUGUGUACACUCAUCUGUGAGAGAUAUUCACUGACUUUAAAACAUUUAAGUGCAGCGCGCUCCCGAUCUCAUGUUUACUUUGACAAUUAACGCUGCUCUUAACUGAUUGAAGACCUGCGUGUGAAUUUCAAGGUGUGGCGUCAUCACCUACAUUUAUUUGGUGACGCUUAUACUUGAACUAUGAAGUCUUCUGGAUUAGAAAUCCUUGGCAAAGAAGUGUGUAAUUCCAUAAAUGAGUGACUGCUGAUAAAAUGGCAGAUUUAGUUGAUUGAAGUAUUUGCAGAGCGUUGGUUAUGUGUGUGUGUGUGUGUGUGUGUGUGUGUGUGUGUGUGGACGUGUGUGACAGUAUGGAGGAACCCAUGAUGAGUCAUAGGGAUGGGCAUAAUGAUACAUUUUAGUCUUGUGGAAUUUAUUGCUAAUUAGUUGUUUUCUUUAGGUCAAAAUGGUGUUCAGUCUCAACUAGUUUUCUGUCUAAAGCUAACCAACAGCAUUUUGGCUAUAGGAAGAUUAGCUUCAUCCACGCUAUGUACACGACUCCUCCACGCAACAUUCAGUUCAAUACAGCACUGGCAUGGAAACAGGAAUAACAAAUAUUCAGAUAAUGGAAAAAUUUGAAAUUAACAUUUUCCCCAUAGUCAAUCAAGGAAAUGUAGUCAAAUGUCCAUCCCUAUUUAAAUGUGAAGUUUUUAUGGCUGCUGAUUUUUUAUUUUUUAAUUAUUUUGAAGCAAAAUGUUGCAUUUGACAUUGAAUUACUACAUUUUAAAGCUAUAAUUCAUUCAAAGAGCCCACCACCACACAUUUUUAUUUUAUCCUACUUCAUAUAUUUUCUAGUUACGUAUAACAUUUAUUUUCAUGUACUAUUUCCUUAACAGUUGAAAUGUUUUGGUGUCACAAUUUAACAAAAUUACAUGCAACGAGCGCCGCACUCCAUACCUUUUAAGCUGUUGUUUCACUUUUACUUUAUUAUAUAAAGUAUUUUGUAUGAUUGCUGGGCAAAUGUAACUGUUAAAUGGAGCAUCAGUGUGUGUGUGUGUGUGCGCGUCAAUAUAAAGGAGCACGCUAUUAAAGGGACAGAAUGUAGUGAGCAUGUAGCAUCCGCUUUCUCAGAGCGACAGGGUGUUUGAAUAUGAUUACAGUAUCCAUGUACUGUGAUGUGUCCCAUGCACCCGGAUUGUAUCCUGAGAGUUUAUGGCCACUCAAACACAUGCGCUGUUUGUGCCUUGGAAUAAAAAGACUGAUUAUGAAUGACAA